AUGCCAGACGCGCCUGGGACAGCAGUGAUGGCCGGGGGCAGCGGGGAGGGCCAGGCGGAGGGCUCCAGGCACAGACACCGCGGACAGCAGCAGAGUCAGGCCGAGCAGGAGAAGACGGAGCCCGGGCACACGCACGGACCGUCCGGGGUGCUGGACUGGACCUCACCCAGACUGGACCUCACGCAGACUGGACCUCACCCAGACUGGACCUCACGCAGACUGGACCUCACCCAGACUGGACCUCACGCAGACUGGACCUCACCCAGACUGGACCUCACGCAGACUGGACCUCACCCAGACUGGACCUCACGCAGACUGGACCUCACCCAGACUGGACCACACCCAGACUGGACCUCACCCAGACUGGACCUCACGCAGACUGGACCUCACGCAGACUGGACCUCACCCAGACUGGACCUCACCCAGACUGGACCUCACGCAGACUGGACCUCACGCAGACUGGACCUCACCCAGACUGGACCUCACGCAGACUGGACCUCACCCAGACUGGACCUCACCCAGACUGGACCUCACGCAGACUGGACCUCACGCAGACUGGACCUCACCCAGACUGGACCUCACGCAGACUGGACCUCACCCAGACUGGACCUCACCCAGACUGGACCUCACGCAGACUGGACCUCACCCAGACUGGACCUCACGCAGACUGGACCUCAUGCAGACUGGACCUCACGCAGACUGGACCUCAUGCAGACUGGACCUCAUGCAGACCUGAGAUAG